UACAAGUACAAGGAAGGGUACCGCAAGCAGCUCGGGCACCACAUCGGCGCCCGCAACAUCGAGGACGAUCCCAAGAUGAUGUGGUCGAUGCACGUGGCCAAGAUCCAGAGUGACAGGGAGUACAAGAAAGCCUUUGAGAAGACCAAGACCCACUUCAGUAGCCCAGUGGACAUGCUAGGCAUCGUGUUGGCCAAGAAAUGUCAAGGCUUGGUCAGCGACGUUGACUACAGGCACUACCUGCACCAGUGGAUCUGCCUGCCAGACCAGAAUGAUGUUGUCCAUGCUAGGCAAGCCUAUGACCUACAGAGUGAUAACUGCUACAAGUCUGACCUGCAGUGGUUGCGGGGCAUUGGUUGGGUGCCCAUUGGCUCCUUGGAAGUUGAGAAGGCCAAGAAGGCAGGAGAGAUCUUGAGUGAAAAAGCCUAUCGCCAGCACCCAGACACCAUCAAGUUCACCAGUGUCCCUGACUCUCUGGAGAUGGUCUUAGCCAAGCACAAUGCAGAGACCAUGAACAAGCGUUUGUAUACAGAGGCCUGGGAAAAAGACAAGACACAAAUCCACGUGAUGCCAGACACCCCUGAAAUCACACUGGCAAAGCAGAACAAGCAAAACUACAGUGUGAAACUCUACAAACAAGCCAUGGAAGAAGACAAGAAGAAAGGCUAUGAUUUGAGAGUUGAUGCCAUCCCCAUUCAAGCUGCCAAAGCAUCCAGGCAAAUUGCCAGUGAUUACAAGUACAAGGAAGGGUACCGCAAGCAGCUCGGGCACCACAUCGGCGCCCGCAACAUCGAGGACGAUCCCAAGAUGAUGUGGUCGAUGCACGUGGCCAAGAUCCAGAGUGACAGGGAGUACAAGAAAGCCUUUGAGAAGACCAAGACCCACUUCAGUAGCCCAGUGGACAUGCUGGGCAUUGUGUUGGCCAAGAAAUGUCAAGGCUUGGUCAGCGACGUUGACUACAGGCACUACCUGCACCAGUGGAUCUGCCUGCCAGACCAGAAUGAUGUUGUCCAUGCUAGGCAAGCCUAUGACCUACAGAGUGAUAACUGCUACAAGUCUGACCUGCAGUGGUUGCGGGGCAUUGGUUGGGUGCCCAUUGGCUCCUUGGAAGUUGAGAAGGCCAAGAAGGCAGGAGAGAUCUUGAGUGAAAAAGCCUAUCGCCAGCACCCAGACACCAUCAAGUUCACCAGUGUCCCUGACUCUCUGGAGAUGGUCUUAGCCAAGCACAAUGCAGAGACCAUGAACAAG